AUGCAGACAGCUUCAAUAUUUAAUGGAAAAUAUGUAGCCUAGAAGAAGAUAUCGUCAGGCUCUUUUGGAGUGGUUCUAUUGGGGCAUGAUAAAGAUAAAAAUAUAGAUGUGGCAAUAAAAAUAGAGAAGGAAGAGAAUGAGGAUGUGCGUUCUUUGGAAAGGGAAGUUCAAGUUUUAGAAAGGUUAAAUGGAAUAGAAGGAGUUCCUAAAUUAUAUUGGCAUGGUGAGUAGGAUGAUUUUAAUGUUAUUGUUAUGUAAAUUUUGGGGAAGGACUUAGCACAUUAUGUGAAAAGCAAAAAGAAAUUUUCAUUUAAAACAACAAUCUAAUUAGGAAUUUAAAUUGUUAAGGUAUUAGAGAGAAUCCACAAUAAAGGUGUUGUUCAUCGAGAUUUGAAGCCUGAAAAUGUUUUGUUUGGAAUAGAUGAUGAAUCUUCUAAAAUUUAUGUGGUUGAUUUUGGAAUAAGUAAAAUAUUUCGAGAUAAAAAUGGAAAUAUUCAGUAAAUGUCAAUAAUUUAGUUAGUCCAUUUCGUGAUAAUACAUCAUUCAUAGGAACAACUAGAUAUGCAUCUAUAGCAGCACAUAAAGGUUUUGAAUUGAGUAGAAAAGAUGAUAUUGAAUCUCUAAUAUAUGUUUUGUUAUACUUUAUGAAAGGGUAAUGGAAUUGUGAAUAAUAAAAAGUCUAGGCAGUUACCAUGGCAAAAUAUGUAGAAUGUCAGUGAUGAAGAAAGAACAGUCAAAGUAGGUGAAAUGAAGAUGUCCAUAGAUCUUAGGGAAUUAUUUAAAGAUGUACCAAUUGAAUUUGCUCUUAUACUUGAGUACAUAUAUUAAAUAUUAAUUUAGAUAUCUUAAAUAAUUACAAUAUUUAAGUGAACCAAAUUAUGAUUUUGUUGUAUAAUAAUUUGAAAAAGCUGCAGAAAAUUUAGGUAUUUAAUUGGAUUACUCUUAUGAUUGGGAUUAGUAAUAAUAACCUAUGAAAAUAUCAUAAAGUGUUAAUUCAGAAAUCAUGUAAAGAUCCACUACUUUAAAUUAAUAAUUAUAACCUCCAUCUACUGGUGAAAUGAAAAAAUCAUUAGAUAAAUAAGGAAGCAAUCUGAUCAGAUAGUAUAUAUCCAUAUAAAUCUGAUUAGAAUGAGUAAUAAUCAAUUCUUAGCACCUCCUUAAUCAAAUUAAUUACAGCCUCCUGCUUUAAAAAGACAAGAUUCUUCUUAGUAGCCCAGCCUAGUAUCAGGCAGUGUAAUGUUAAGUACAUACAAUUCAAUAAGGCCAAAAUAUUAACCCUCUUAAUUGGGUUUAGAUGUUAAGGUUAGUAUAGAUACUGUGCCUAAGGAAUAUAUAUAGGAAUAGAGGAAAACAUCUGAGUCGGCAUAAUAGAAAAAGGCUCAAAAUUCUUAUACUGAAACAGUAGGAUGGAGAGAUUCAAUUUUUGAAGAGAAUUAUGAUGAAAUCCCAUUAUCUAAGAAAUAUGGAAUGCUUUAAUAAAAAGGAGUAGAUAUGUAGAAAUAUAUUUAUUAUUGA